UAAAUCUUCUCUAACGUCAUUAUUUUCUUCUAGAUCUGAAUCAAAGCUUCUCAGGAUAGAACUAAGAAAUAUCAAGAUUUAAAACCUAAAUACCUUGGGACACUCAGAAGAACAAGAUGGCAGAAAUUGAGAAAAGAAUUGAAACCCAUAGAAUAAGAUGUCUUUCCAAGCUGAAGAUGUUUCUUCUGGCAAUAACAUGUGCAUUCGUAUCCAAAACACUAUCUGGAUCUUACAUGAAUUCCAUGCUCACACAAAUAGAGAGACAAUUCAACAUCCCUACAUUUCUAGUCGGAUUUAUUAACGGGAGCUUUGAGAUUGGAAAUCUUUUGUUGAUUAUAUUUGUGAGUUAUUUUGGAACCAAAUUGCAUAGACCUAUACUGAUUGGUGUCGGAUGUGUGGUUAUGGGCAUAGGGUGUUUCUUACAAUCUCUACCUCAUUUCCUCAUGGACCUGUAUGAAUAUGAAUCUACAGUUUCAGUUUUAGGCAAUUUGUCCUCAAACAGUUUCUUGUGUAUGGAAAAUGGAACCCAGAUUUUCAGACCAACAGAAGAUCCAUCAGACUGUGUGAAAGAAGUUAAAUCAUUAAUGUGGGUAUAUGUACUAGUAGGAAAUAUCAUACGUGGAAUUGGUGAAACUCCCAUCAUGCCUUUGGGUAUUUCCUACAUAGAAGACUUUGCCAAAUCUGAAAACUCUCCUUUAUAUAUUGGGUUUGUAGAAACAGGAGCUAUCAUUGGUCCUUUGAUUGGACUUUUGUUAGCAUCAUUCUGUGCAAAUGUUUAUGUUGACACUGGAUCUGUGAACACAGAUGAUCUGACCAUAACUCCCACUGAUACUCGUUGGGUUGGUGCAUGGUGGUUUGGCUUUUUGAUUUGUGCAGGAGUGAAUGUGCUCACUGCCAUUCCUUUUUUCUUUUUGCCCAAAACGCUUCCAAAGGAAGGACUAAAGAAUAAUGCAGACGUCAUUAAAAAUGACAAAAAAGAGAAACAAAGAGAAGAGGUCAAGAAGGAAAAGGAUGGAAUCACUAAAGAUUUUUUACCGUUCAUGAAAAGUCUUUUAUGCAACCCAGUUUACAUGCUUUUCAUACUAAUAAGCAUUGUACAGUUCAAUGCAUUUGUUAAUAUGUUCACCUUCAUGCCUAAAUAUCUGGAACAGCAAUAUGGAAAAUCAGCUUCAGAUGCAAUCUUUCUAAUCGGCAUUUAUAACUUACCUCCAAUAUGCCUUGGAUAUAUAGCUGGUGGUUUAAUUAUGAAGAAGUUCAAGAUUACUGUCAAACAAGCUGCCCACAUAGGAUGUUGGUUAUCUUUAAUUGAAUAUCUUCUCCAUUUUUUGUGUUUUCUCAUGAUCUGUGAUAAUUCUUCAGUUGCUGGCAUAACUACCACUUAUAAAGGAAUGCAACAAGAUUUAUAUGUGGGAAAUACCAUCCUUGCUGAUUGUAACAGGGAUUGCAACUGUCCAACUAAAACAUGGGACCCUGUGUGUGGAAACAAUGGUGUGUCAUAUAUGUCAGCUUGUCUUGCUGGCUGUGAGACAUCUGUUGGAACAGGGAUAAAUAUGGUGUUCCAAAAUUGUAGCUGCAUUCAAACAUCAGGAAAUUCAUCUGCAGUUCUUGGGCUGUGUGACAAAGGAUAUGACUGUUCCAUGAUGCUCCAGUACUUUUUAAUCUUGUCAGCAAUUGGCAGUUUCAUUUAUUCUUUAUCUGCCAUACCUGGAUAUAUGGUUCUCCUAAGGUGUAUCAAGCCUGAAGAGAAGUCUCUUGGUGUGGGGUUACAUACAUUUUGCACAAGAGUAUUUGCUGGAAUUCCUGCACCUAUAUAUUUUGGAGCUUUAGCAGAUUCCACAUGUUUACACUGGGGAAUUUUGAAAUGUGGUGAGUCAGGGGCAUGCAGGAUAUAUGAUUCUACCUACUUCAGAUACAUCUACCUUGGCUUGCCAGCAGCUCUAAGAGGAACAAGCUAUAUUCCAGCCUUUUUAAUCCUAAUUAUUUUAAAGAAGCGUCUUCUACCUGGUGAAAAUGCCUCUUCAGGAACUAUGCUUAUAGAGGCAAAGGUUACAGGGAAGGAAAAUGAAUGCAAAGAUAUGAACCAAAAUUCCAAAGUUUUGAAUGAUGAUGAAUUGAAAACUAAACUGUAAUGCCUUAUUAUAUCAUGCUUCCCAGAGUUGGAGAAUACACUACAGCUUAAUUGUUUUUAAAAUCAAUAGGGAUACAGAGUGUAACUUUUUCUAAUCUUUAUGAACCUCAAAUUUUGGUGUUUGUUGUUGUUGUUUUUAUGCUAUC